AUUUUAUCAACUAAUACAAGGUAAAAAUUAUAUUUUUAAGAGUGAUAAAUAAACUAUUCAUAUGAAUAAAUUAAAAAAGUUCUUAAAACUAAGACCAUUUGAGAAAAGUUUGGUUAUGGAUAAAAAAUACAUAAGUGUUCACUCAGCUAGUAUAGAAGAAAUACAUGAAAUGCCUAUCAAAGAAAUAAUAAGACCAAUUCCACCACAACUGGAUGAAAAUAAAGUAAAAAGCCUAAUGGAUACUCUAACUAAUCCUAAUAAAAAGGACGCUGUCCCGCCAAUAGAUGUAUUAUGGAUAGUUGGAAAAGAAGGAGGCAAUUACUAUUACUCUUUUGGAGGAUGUCAUAGAUAUGCUGCUUAUAAACGUUUAAAUAUAGGUAAUGUUAAAGUUAAAUUAGUAAAAUCAACUGUUCAAGAUUUGCAUAGUUACUUAGGAGCAUCUACCCCAGAGCUGAAAUAACACAUACAUUUUAAUAACACAAAUUCCUUUCUUAGGAUAGUAUAAAUAAGUUUAUGUAUAUUAUAAUUUUUCUUUUUUGCAUAAUAAAAAUAAAAAUGAAAUUUUGAA